AAAAAAUUUCCAAGUAUUCUGCGAAUUGCUAAAAGCUUUGAGACGCGCAAAAAAUAAAGCCAAGGUUAACGCCCAAUGCCUUUCGCAUUAGAGAUGGGCUCAGAACAAACAGACGUCAGGCUUAAGAGCCAACAAAAUAAUUAUUGCAAGGUUAAUUCUCUAGAGCAAACACUUGAUGAAUUGAAACAUAAUGAGCAUCGGCUUGGCACUUGGACUUCCCUUGGAAUGGAUGCGACUAAUAGCUCUACAGAACUUGAGCAGCAACAGUCUAGCUGGCAUAGUCUAGAAUCCUUGCAAGGAAUAGGAGUGGAACUUUACUUGGUAAAUGAAAUGAACUGCCAGCAGUCUACGUUAUUUACACUAGAAAAUAAGCAGCUUAAGCUCAAUAAACUUGAAGCAAUUGAAACCCAAGUUUACCUUAUUACUAAAAAUAAUCAAGGGCAGCUUAAGCAACUCGCAAGGGUUAAGCGUAGUCUUAGCUACAGUUCUGUGAACUUGGCCAAAACGCAAUUGACGCGCAGCCAGCUUCAAUAUUUACUCAGUAAGCCGCACUUUGCGCCCACUGUGCGCGGCUGCUUUGUACUCGUGAUGUCUGCUCCGAUUUAUCGCCUGGCACGCAUUAUAGAAGUGAAUCGCUAUGAACUACGCCUGCAGUUCGAAGAUAAACAAAUGCAGCAUUUCAAAUUGAGUUCCAUAUCCAAUCGUAGAGCCCGCCAAGCUGAGCUCCAUUGCUGGCUCCAAGCGUGCCAAGAGCGCAUACCCAGCUUCAGCGCACUGGCUGCAAAGCAAAGAGUAAUUAACCAAGCUCUGAAGAGCGCCCCUUACCUGCCCACCACAUGCGCCAGUUCGAACAAGAGUAGCCUGCGACAGAGCAGUGGGAAAAGUUUGACUAAACUGAAUGUGAAAACUAAAAAUUAUGACAAAUUGGAUCUUUAUGAGCUAUACAAUUUUGAAGUUCAACUGGAUUUCAGCUUGCUAACACCCUUUAGCCAAAUACUUAAAGCACAUUUUCCAAACUGUUAGCAUUGGACAAACCAAUCAAGCAGACCCAUAAUCACCUUAACCAAAACAAAAAGCAAAGAGCAAUUCAUACAACCAGAGCAAUCAACAAAAAUUGCUAAAUUCAAACAGUGGACAUUGGACAGAGGACAAAGGACAGCGGACGCUGCUAAUUGCGGCAGUGGCUCAGGUUCUAGCUUUGGAACUGACUGGGCCUGCCUAUGUGUACAUCAAUUGAACGAAAAUAUGAAUGCGUCCAUAGAGAGAAGCCAACAAUGUUGUUUGCUCUGCCACUGACACCGCCACGUGUCAACACUGUGUGCUCCGCUCCCACUGUAUGUGUGUGAGUGUGAGUGUGUGUGUUGACCACUGGCCAGUGGGCAUUGGUAUGCUCGAAUUCCAAUCAACCACAGUGGACACAUCAACAAUUCGUGUGCCGCCGCCAAAAGCUUGUUCUAAUCCAAUCAAAUCUCAAAUGUGGUUCAGUUUUGUUGCCAGCGCUGUUGCUAUCGCAAUAAUUCGUUUUGGGAGUGCAGCAGCAACAACAACAACAACAACAGUGCUGGCGCACAGUGGGCAAAGCUAUAGCUAAAGCGACGAAUAUAGAAAUC